CCCUGGCACCCGACUGGGUCGGGCUCCCUCUGGCGGCCCCGGGCGCCCCGUUCCACAAGGCGCGCGCCCCCCGCCCGCUAUCUUCCACCGCUCCCCCCAUCCCCGCCCAACACCUAGCACCCGUCUCUCUCCACGCGCCCACCCAGACGGACGGACCGACGGACUCGAGUAGGGCCCGCGCCGGCGCCCGGGCGGCAGGAGGGGGCGGGGAGGCGGCGGCGGCAGCAGCGGCGGCGGCUGGAGGCGCCCGAGCAGGUGCCGCGGCGGCGGGGACGCGCGGGCCAGGCGGGGCGCGGGGCGCGGGCAGCCGGGCGGCGCUGGAGGACUGGGGGUCGCGAGCUGAGCCGGGGAGGGGGACGGGCGAUUCGGCGGGCGGAGCGCUGAAUCCCCGGGAGACCCAGGACAAACAGACAGAGAGCUGGAGCGGGGUUCCCCCCACCCCCACCCCCCGAAUCGCUACGGGAGCGCAAUCCUGGCCACGGGGAGGGGAGAGGGUUGGAGUAGGAAAGAAGGGACAGCCCGGGAGGUGAGACUGGGAGUCGGGGGUGGGUCGGCCCAGGACACGGGAGCCUGGAGGGGAGCCAGGGGGCAGACAUGGGUGAGGCGGCGGGGGACCGGGCCGGGCUAGCGUGAGGUCGGGGCAGCUAAGUUAGAUCCGGAAAGGAGAGGUCACCUUCCUCGAGGUGGGGGCUGAGAAGCCAAGCUCAGAGGGGCGUGGGGGUCAUAGCCGGGAAGCCUGGGGGUACCAGGAAGUGGGGCAGUGUGGAGUUGGGGAUCCAGGACCAGGUAAGGAGCCGGCUGGGUGGGGGACUCCAAGACUGAGCAGGUGGAGGUGAGGAUGAGGCUGGGUAAGGAGGCGACUCAGAAGUGACACCCGCACACAGGCACGCACGCACGCACGCACAGAGCAGCGUGCCCAGACAGGAAAGCGCCCCCGCCAGCGCCAGCGAGGCCCUAAGCUCCGGCCGGGGACGCCCCCCAUGGGGGAGGCGUCUCCUCGCCGGUGGCUGGCACCAUGCUGUCCCGGAAGGGCAUCAUUCCUGAGGAGUACGUGCUGACCCGCCUGGCCGAGGACCCCGCCGAGCCGCGGUACCGCGCGCGCGAACGCAGGGCCCGCUUCGUGUCCAAGAACGGCAACUGCAACGUAGCGCACAAGAACAUCCGCGAGCAGGGCCGCUUCCUGCAGGACGUCUUCACCACGCUGGUGGACCUCAAGUGGCCGCACACGCUGCUCAUCUUCACCAUGUCCUUCCUGUGCAGCUGGCUGCUCUUCGCCAUGGUCUGGUGGCUCAUCGCCUUCGCCCACGGGGACCUGGCGCCCAGCGAGGGCACCGACGCCGCCUGCGUCACCAACAUCCACUCGUUCUCCUCCGCCUUCCUCUUCUCCAUCGAGGUCCAGGUGACCAUUGGCUUCGGCGGGCGCAUGGUGACGGAGGAGUGCCCGCUGGCCAUCCUGAUCCUCAUCGUGCAGAACAUCGUGGGGCUCAUGAUCAACGCCAUCAUGCUGGGCUGCAUCUUCAUGAAGACGGCGCAGGCGCACCGGCGCGCCGAGACGCUCAUCUUCAGCAAGCACGCGGUCAUCGCAGUGCGUCAGGGCCGCCUCUGCUUCAUGCUGCGCGUGGGCGACCUCCGCAAGAGCAUGAUCAUCAGCGCCACCAUCCACAUGCAGGUGGUGCGCAAGACCACCAGCCCCGAGGGCGAGGUGGUGCCCCUCCACCAGGUGGACAUCCCCAUGGAGAACGGCGUGGGGGGCAACAGCAUCUUCCUGGUGGCCCCGCUCAUCAUCUACCACGUCAUCGAUGCCAACAGCCCGCUCUACGACCUGGCCCCCGGCGACCUGCACCACCACCAGGACCUGGAGGUCAUCGUCAUCCUGGAGGGCGUGGUGGAGACCACGGGCAUCACCACGCAGGCGCGCACCUCCUACCUGGCCGACGAGAUCCUGUGGGGUCAGCGCUUCGUCCCCAUCGUGGCCGAGGAGGACGGCCGCUACUCGGUGGACUACUCCAAGUUUGGCAACACCGUCAAAGUGCCCACGCCCCUCUGUACCGCCCGCCAGCUGGACGAGGACCGCAGCCUGCUGGACGCUGUCACGCUGGCCUCCACCCGCGGGCCCCUGCGUAAGCGAAGCGUGGCCGUGGCCAAGGCCAAGCCCAAGUUCAGCAUCUCUCUGGAUUAGCCAGGCUGCUUUCCCCACCCCGCGGGACCCCGCCAUGGUGUGUCUGUCCACAGGCAGUGUGGUGUGGUAUGUCACGUGGACAUAGUGCGCCCCUCUCCCGCCCGGGGCCAGUCCUGGUCCUGAAGUGGGGCCCGGUGGGGCCCCCGGCGCUCUCAGUUCAGCCUCGCCCAUGCUGCGCCAUAGUCACGGCGCUAUUUCUGGCCGCUGCAGGUUAUUUUUGUCCCGGCUUUUUCCUGCCCAGCUCAGGAUGGCUUGCCUCCGGCGAGGGGAGCUAUGGGAAGGAAGGGUCAGGCAGCCCGUCCUGGACCCCCGCGACCCACAGAGCAGCUGGGCAGGUCUGAGGAAGAACAGCGUCUAGGUGGGGCGGAGUGCAGCUCUGUGGUGUGUGUCUCAGACAGAGAGGUGGGGAGGUGGCCAGUGGGGACGCGUGUUCCCCCAGGAGGACUGAAGGUGUUUAUCCUGCACAGACAGGUGUGAGGGGACACGGUUUCCCCUGCACAGACUUUGGAGGAAACACAGGGGGUACAGUGGGCCCCUGGGCCCUGUCCCGGCUGCCCCUGUGUGCAAGGCCCCACAGAGAUGCCUGCUGCUGUGCUCUGGCCACUCAGGACACACACCCAACAGGCAAAGAGAGAGGGUUCUGGCCCACUGCACUUGGGGACCCUCAGACCGUGACCCCAGCAUCUCUAUAGCUGCUGCCACUCAUUGUCCCAGAGGGGAACCAUGGGGGGUCCUUGGGGUGCUAGAAAAGGGGCCCGUGGGAAAGUUCAGGAGGCAUGAGUGAGGUCCCUGGAGCAAAGGAGGCCCUGGGUCCCCACAGGCUUGACCCCAGCCGGGACUCUUGGAGCAGUGCUGUGUGUCCUGGCCCAGAAUUCUACCUUCUCUGUUGUCAAUAAACCCCCUUCAUGACCUAA